AUGAAUUUAAUGCCAAACAUUAAGGCCACUGCAAGAGAUCUAAUAAACGAUUUCGAUGAUAUGGAUGCGACAACACAAAUUAUAUUCAACAAGAGGUCAAUUUACAGUCUGGGUGCAGACGCGAACACACGUUUUUUUCCACAGAGCGAUAAUGAGUUAUUAUUGCGACCUUUUGAGUGUGAUGAGGUUAAAGCAGCCCUGUUCUCCAUGUUUCCUGAUAAGGCCCCAGGACCUGAUGGGAUGAACCCUGGGUUUUAUCAGCAUUAUUGGGAUGUGGUAGGUGCUGACGUGUCUGAAUUUGUGGUUAAUUGCCUGAGUACUUGUUGUCUCAAUGAUACUAACAUAGUGUUGAUUCCUAAGAAGAGUAUUCCAGAGUCUGUGUCAGAUCUGUGUCCCAUUGCACUAUGUAAUGUGAUUUAUAAGAUCAUGGCUAAAGUUCUGGCCAAUAAAUUGAAGCACCUGCUAGACGGCCUGAUUUCUGAGUCACAGAGUGCAUUCAUUCCAAACAGGCUAAUCGCUGAUAAUAUCCUGGAGGCGGUAGAGGUGGGGCAUUUUCUACACAGGAAGCAAAGUGGUAUGGUUGGGUGGGGGGCAUUGAAGCUGGACAUGGCGAAGGCUUAUGACCGUAUGGAGUGGCCUUUCCUCCGGAGUAUGAUGCUAGCAAUGGGUUUUGCUGUAGAAUGGGUUGACCUAGUAAUGCUCUGUGUUACCACAGUUAACUAUAACUUUCUGGUUAAUGGAGUAAGCAGUGGAUGGGUGGUGCCAUCUCGUGGUUUGCGCCAGGGGGACCCUCUAUCCCCAUAUCUGUUUAUAAUCUGUGCGGAGGGCCUUUCAUUGCUGCUCCAAAAGGCUCAGGAAGAGGGUUCUAUUCAUGGUUGUAGGGUGGCUAGAGGUGCCCCUCCAAUCUCGCACCUAUUUUUUGCAGAUGAUAGUCUCCUGUUCUUUAAAGCAAGCACCCAGGAAGCAGGGGCGAUUAAACAUUGUCUGGAUGUAUAUGAAAGUAUGUCUGGUCAGGCUGUCAACUAUCACAAGUCUAGUAUCUGUUUCAGUAGAAAUACAUCGGAAGGUGUUCGUGACGAGGUGGCUGGUAUGUUGGGUGUAGCUCAGGCACCAAAUUUUGGAAAAUAUCUGGGCCUGCCGAAUUUUGUAGGGAGAAAUAGAAGAGCUGCAUUUGCGUAUAUUGAGGAUAAGAUCCAGCAGAGAGUUUGUUCAUGGAAUAAGAAGUUGCUUUCACAGGCUGGUAAGGAAGUUUUAUUGAAGAGUGUGGCCCAAGCUAUGCCUACUUUUUCAAUGAGUGUGUUCCUGCUUCCUGAGUCAGUUUGCCUUUCUAUAGAGAGAACCAUGAAUAAAUAUUGGUGGGGGUCAGGUGCUGAGAAAGGAAUACAUUGGAAAGCCUGGGAUCAUUUGUGUGUGCCAAAGAAAUUUGGAGGCUUAGGUUUCAAGGAACUCCGUGCUUUCAACCUAGCAAUGUUAGGAAAACAAGCCUGGCGUUUCUUAACUAUGCCUCAGUCUCUUGUGGCAAGAGUUUAUAAGGCAAGGUAUUAUCCGAGGACUUCUUUCUUUAAUGCAUCUUUGGGCAAUUGCCCAAGUUAUUGUUGGAGGAGUAUUAUGGCUGCACAGGAUCUUGUGUGUGGCGGGAUUAGGCGGCGGAUAGGCAAUGGUAAAUCAACAUUAAUCUGGGGCCAUCCCUGGCUGCCUAGUGAGACUGCGUCAACGAUUGUCACGCCUAUGCCUCCCCAGUUAGGUGGUUCUUUGGUUUCAGGCUUGAUUGAUGAAGAAACUAAUACCUGGGAUCACUCUAUUCUUACGGAUAUUUUUUUGCCUCCAGAUGUGGACCGCAUAUUAAGAAUCCCUUCUCUCCGGACUAUGAGGAGUCAUGGUUUUGGUACGGUGAUCCAAGGGGUUGCUAUACAGUCAAGAGUGGUUACAAGAAAAGCAAGGAACAAUGCAUUAUGGAAUGGGUUUCUCCCAGUGCCAAGGAGUUUGGUGGCAACAACGGCUGCGACUUUGCAAGCUUGGAGUGUGGUCCACCACGGACAGCAGGCGAAUGGGCAGUCUGUUCAAGCUCCGGCGCAAACCGACCAGGUGCUAGCCGACACUCUUCUAAUGUGCUAUUUCGAUGCAAGCUACGACCCGGUAACAUUGAGGACAACUUUCGGCGCUGUUUUGGUGGAACCAGGUGGAGAGAGUGCUAUUGAUUCGUUUUUAGUUUGUCAAAUCAGUUUAGUUCCUAGAUCGGUGAACUUUAUAGCUCAUUCACUAGCUGUUGCAGCUGUGCAUCAGACUAGCAUUUUGUAUUGGGACUCUGUCCCACCUGUUUCUAUUUUGGCUCACUUUCAACCAGAUACUGAAGAUAAUGUCAUACACAGUGAAAUAGUUGCAGAUAUAAAGUUUGAGCUCGAUAAGCAUAAUGUGUUAGUCAAGUUAUUUAGAAUGGCCAAAGCACAAAUAGAUAACAAUCCACGUCUUGAAGUUCAAAUUGUUAGAUACAUUUCACCGUGUGAAGCAUCAUGGCAUCUGUUUGCAUUUGAAAUACAACAUAAGGCUCAUUCAGUUGAGCGUUUGAGGUUUCAUCUACCAGAUCAACAAUCUGUUGUGUUUGCGGACGAUGAUGCAAUGGAAGACCUCAUACAGCACCCUUCGGUAGCUCAUAGUAUGUUUGUAGAAUGGUUUGAAGCAAAUAAAAAAUAA